GUGAGGAAAGAAGUGCCAGCAAAGAUGGCACUCAGUCAGGACAUUUUGGUGAUAAUGAUGCUACUACAUGGAGUAAUGGGUACCAUGAUCAACCUCAACAAUAAUGGCUUUGAAAACAUUGUUAUUGCUAUUAAUCCAACGAUACCGGAAGAUGCCAAAAUUAUUACCAACAUACAGGUAGGGUCUUUGUCCAUGAGUGGGCUCAUCUCAGAUGGGGUGUCUUUGAUGAAUAUAAUUAUGAUGCUCCGUUUUACGUUACUAAGGAAAAGAAAGUUGAGGCAACAAGAUGUUCAGCUGGUGUCACUGGUAUUUACAUAUUUCCAACUGGACCAGGAAAUCACAGAGAUUGCAUAUUCCUGGAAGACACUCAGAUGUAUGAACCGGGAUGUCAAUUUGUAGCAGAUAUAUCCCAAAGCACUCCAGUGUCUAUAAUGUAUAUGCAAAGUUUACCUUCUGUGGCUAUGUUCUGUGAUAAAAGCAAUCAUAAUAUUGAAGCACCAAAUCUGCAAAACAAAUUCUGCAACUACAAAAGUACGUGGGAAGUAAUUAUGAAUUCCACUGACUUCGCCUCCUCAUCUAUAAUAAAUACUCCUCCACCUGAGCCCACUUUCACCUUGAUGCAAACACGUGACAGAGUUGUCUGUUUAGUGCUUGAUGUCUCUGGAAGUAUGGCAGGUUAUGACCGCAUUGCUCGUCUCCGGCAAGCUGCAGAAGUGUUCCUCCUACAAAUUAUUGAACUUGGUUCCUGGGCUGGAAUUGUAACGUUUGAAAACUCUGCCACCGUUCAGACUCAAUUGCAACAGAUCAUCAGUGACAACAUACGACAAAAUCUUGUGAAUUAUUUGCCUACCACAGCUAGUGGAGGGACUAAUAUUUGUGCUGGAGUGCGCAAAGGAUUUGAGGUGAUUAGAUCAAGAGAAGCAACUACUGAAGGGUGUGAAAUUGUGCUCUUGACAGAUGGAGAAGACUCAACAAUAGGAUAUUGCUUUGAUGAAGUUAAAAGUAGUGGAUCAAUAAUUCACACCAUUGCUUUGGGGCCAAGUGCUGCAGACGAGUUAGAACAACUGGCAGAGAUGACAGACAGGUGAUUGGACUUAUACACUUUAUAAUACACACUCAGUGCCUCAGGUGCUAUCAAUCACAGUAACGUCUCGAGCGGCAUCUCUAACGGAGCCUCCAGUAAUUGUGAAGUCCUACUUAAGCAGUGAUACAAAUACUUUUCCCAAUCCAAUAAUUAUUUAUGCAGAAGUCAGUCAAGAAUUUUUUCCAGUGCUUGGUGCAAUUGUUACAGCCACAAUUGAAUCAAAUUCUGCAAGCGAGAAACUAGAGCUUUGGGACAAAGGUUCUGGUGCAGAUAUUAUCAAGAACGAUGGGAUCUACUCAAGAUACUUCACAUCAUUCAAAGAAAAUGGUAGAUACAGCAUAAAGGUGCAUGUCCAAGGGAGAGAUGGGACCAGCCGACAAACUCGCCAAAGAAAUCACGCUUUAUAUGUCCCAGGCUAUAUAGAGAAUGGUGAAAUAAAAAUGAAUGCACCAAGACCAGAAGCUAGUGAUAAUGAUACCCAAGCAAACCUUGGAAAAUUCAGCAGAAUUGCUUCAGGAGGUAGUUUUGUAAUGUCAGGAGUGACUCCUGGAAAUCCUUCAGAUGUCUUUCCACCCUCUCGAAUUACUGAUCUUGAAGCAGAACUCAAUGAUGAGGAUGAAUUCCUUUUGUCAUGGACUGCUCCUGGAAAUGACUAUGAUAUAGGAACAGCUGAAAAAUAUGAAAUAAAAAUGAGUGAAAAUCCUGACGAAUUAAGAGAUACUUUUCAAAAUGCUGCUUCCGUGAACACAUCUGAUCUGAAACCAGAUGCUACUGGGAUCAAACAGUCAUUUCAGUAUAAGAUGGAAAACUUCACAAAAGAAAAUGGCACUGCAAUUUACUUUGCCAUUCGUGCCAGUGAUGGCAGCAACAAUGUUGGGGAAGUGUCUAAUAUAGCAAGAGCAGUUGUACUUCUUCCUCCAUUGCUCACUACUCCUCUCACACCCACCAAUCCUAGCUCUACUCAUCCCACACCAACCAAUCCUCCUAGCUCUACUCAUCCCAAACCAACCAAUCCUUAUACCUCAAAAGCCACUUCUACUUUGGAAGUUCCCAAUAAUGAAUCUCCUGGUGUGAUAAAUAUGGUGACUUUAAUUGUUAUAAUAGUGUGUAUUGCUCUAAUUAUCAUUUGUGCUUGCAUAUGUAUAACUAUAUGUGUUUUACAUAAGCAAAAAAAGGUUAAUCCACAAACUGUAAUGUAGGAAGAAAUAAGAUCAAAACUAUAGAAUGGAAGGACAAAUAAAUACAAUCUAUGAUGGUUACAUGAACGUAACAACCUGUGUUUAUGUAUUUAGACAACCAGUUAAUAUUAUCAGUCAUAGAUAUAGAUUUUUGCAGUAUCGUUGAUUCUAAGAGUUGAAAGGAAAUUGAAUCACUAUCCACAGCUAUAGGGUAAUAUUUUAAAUUUUACAAGACACCCGGAAUCAUCUAUGUGUGAAUUGAGUGGAUAUAUGUAAAUUUAACAUAAAGCCAAUCUGAAUUAAGCAACCUCAAAGGCAUCAUUAUUAAUUUCAUCUAUGCUGAUUUAUGAGAAUAAGUUCUAUGUUAGGUUUAGGUUACAAGAUAUUAUUAUAAUGGAGUCUGAUUCAGCUUUACACUGAAGUAUUUUUUUAUGAGAUGAGAAAGAUUAAAUUAAAUUAAAUCAAGUUUCUGAAGGAAGAAUUUAGAUGAGUUGAACAUGUUGAAUGGCUAAAAUGACAACUUUUUAGGAAUUAUGAAUUUUACAGACUAAGAAAUCUGGAAGCAGCAAAGGUGGGGGAUUUGGGAUAAAAUAAUUAUAGAACAAUGAUGUUCAUAUAAUUUAGUAAAAUUGCCAAAUACCCAAUCAUUAUAUUGCACCAUAAUAUUCUACACUAGACUUUAACUAAAUGGAAGAUGGCUUAGCAAUUCUGAUGCCUACCAACAGGGACAAAAUUGCUUCUCCUAAAUAUUGGUAAAUAAGUAAGACUGAUGUCAAAAUAUUUUUUUUAACAAACAUGUUUGGUAGAGAGAGAUUUAGAAGAAUCAUAUGAGACAAAAAAAAUCAAUGUUCCAUUUGAACAAUUUUAUUUAUUUGUAGUUGUUUAUUCAAUGUAUUCAGUCUCCGUUCCAUGGGUAACUAACCAGGAUUAAAAACAAAAUAAAAACAA